CUCCUUCGCUCCUUGAAAUAAUCCACCAUUCUUAAAACCAUCGAUUAAAAUUCACACUAUUUCAGUAGGUGGUGCGGGCGACCCAUCAUUGGUGCUAAUACUAAAGUGGGGCGGUGAACUAACGCCCGCCGGACGCAUCCAGGCAGAAGAGCUGGGGCGCAUGUUCCGAUGCAUGUACCCUGGUGGACAGGGACGCCAUAUUCCUGGCGAAGGUGGCACGCAAGGCCUGGGCCUCCUCCGUCUCCACUCCACAUUCCGUCACGACCUGAAGAUCUACGCAUCGGACGAAGGUCGAGUACAAAUGACAGCGGCUGCCUUCGCCAAAGGCCUGCUGGCUUUGGAGGGAGAGUUGACACCUAUUCUUGUACAGAUGGUCAAGUCUGCUAAUACUAAUGGAUUGUUAGAUAAUGACUGUGAUUCCUCAAAAGUACAGAACAUGGCUAAAGCUCGUCUCCACGAAGCAAUGCAAGUGGACCGCGACUUCACUGACGAGGAUCGUUUAAAGAUCAACCCGUGCCAGUCGCUCAGCAUUGCCGCGGCCAUGGACUUCGUCAAGAACCCCGUGCACUGUUGUGCGCAUGUCCACACGCUGAUCCAGCAACUUGUGCGCAUUGUUAUUACUAAACGAGAUGACCCUAAGACUAAAGAUACAAUCCUUUACCACGGCGAGACCUGGGAGCUAAUGGGCCGGCGCUGGGGCAAGAUAGAAAAGGACUUCUGCACGAAGAAUAAAACAUACGACAUCUCCAAAAUCCCCGACAUUUACGACUGUAUCAAAUACGACUUGCAACAUAAUCAACACACAUUGCAAUUCGAUUUGGCGGAGGAGCUAUAUAUCUAUGCGAAGUAUCUUGCUGAUAUUGUUAUACCGCAGGAGUACGGUUUGACAAUGCAAGAGAAGUUAACUAUUGGACAGGGCAUAUGCACACCGCUUCUCAAGAAAAUAAGAGCAGAUCUGCAAAGAAAUAUAGAAGAGACUGGAGAGGAGACUGUUAAUAGAUUGAAUCCAAGGUACAGCCACGGCGUAUCGAGCCCGGGCCGACACGUGCGCACGCGCCUGUACUUCACGAGUGAGAGCCACGUGCAUUCGCUACUCACUGUCUUGAGAUUUGGCGGAUUGCUUGAUGUGCUAAAGGACGAGCAGUGGCGACGGGCAAUGGAGUAUGUGUCAACAGUAUCAGAACUGAACUACAUGUCCCAAAUUGUGGUGAUGCUCUACGAGGAUCCAACCAAAGACCCUUGUUCUGAAGAGAGGUUCCACGUGGAGCUACAUUUCAGUCCUGGUGUGAACUGUUGUGUGCAGAAGAAUUUGCCGCCAGGUCCCGGAUUCAGACCACAUAGUCGAAACCAUUCUACUACUAACAAUUCUAGUUCGUCUGACGAAGUCAAAUGCAUAGAAGAAGAAGGGGAAGACGAUCAAAUGGCCAGCCAAGAGACUUUACAGCCUGAUCACGUGGACGAGUUGGACAACACAUUCUCGCCCUGUAAGAACUCCAAGUCCAAGAUGCGACCUUCUGAUCCCAUACCUAUUUGUAAUCUACACUACACGGUGAGCGGCCACGAGGCAUCGACUCUGGCGGCGCGGCUCAAUGCAGAACUGCGCGCGCGCAAUCACGCUGCUGCUGAUAAUAGAGACAAUACGCAGCGUGAAGAGAAAGAGUCUAAGGAAGGUGAAGAGCCUGCUCCUCGCGCAAGAAGCUACGACCAACACAAACAACACGACAAUGGCUCGCGACUAAUCCUCCCGAUACUAACGCUGACGACGCCGUCCGGCCUCAUGGCCAGUCCGAGCCCGAGCCCGGAGACCCCCGUGGUUAACGUGGACGGCGUCGAGUCCUCCACUAACGAGCUUCCGCUGUCCGCGAUCACGUUCGGGCGCGGCGGCGCGGCGGUUGCGGGCCGUGUGGCCUCGUGGCCGCACCUGGCCGCGUCCGAGCGCGGGGGCCGGGACGGGCCGGCCGGCUGUACGUGGCGGGGCGCAGGGCGGCGCCAGCGGCACAGCAUCGCCGGCCAGAUGAGCUACCUCAAGAUGCUGGGGCUGGGCGCGCGCGGCAAGCUGCCCGGCGCCGCCGCCGGCCUCUUCAGCACCGCCGUCAUCUCUGGCUCCAGCUCCGCGCCCAAUCUGCGUAUCAUGAUUCCCAGCGCCAACGCCAACAACACUGCCUUGGAGGGUUUCGGCGGGGUGCCAGCCAUCCGUCCACUUGAGACACUACACAACGCGCUGUCGUUGCGACAACUCGACGCGUUUUUGGAGCGCGUGACCGCCGCGCCGGUAGUGCUAGGCACGCCCACUGCGCCCGCACAGCUCCCACAACACCCGCCGCCAAAGCAGCCUUCGCCUACCAACAGUGUCGGCUGGAGCGGUCCCUCGUCACUGAUGUCGUCUUCAGGAGAGUUGCCCAGCGGCCUCUCUUCCGCCGGACCAUCCUCACCCAACUCCAACUACGCAUCCAACUCGGAGCACAAAAACACCUCUUCAGAAUGUAGCAAUUGGAGUAGAGUAGCGUCGGCCAAGCUCCCCCAGUGGGACGGCGAAGCGGCAACCCUGUGCGCGCUCGACGACAGCCUGCACCCUUUCAUGCCGCACUCCAAUCUUGCAGGUUCAUCUAUUAGUGGCGACGUUACGCCGGUGUCAAUCGCCUCAGAGCUCGAGUUCAACAGCAACGAGGCGACAGCCGGCUCCAUCACUGACCACGACCUUAUGAGCGCUGAAGGUGAAGACGACGAAGAAACGCUUUCGGGCGACCUGUGUGGUUCGCCAGUGAAAAUAAUCAAUAACGAUCUCAGCCCACAAGAUUGCGUCUCUUCCCUUUGUCUCGACAACCAACCUUCAACAAGCAGCGCCAGCGACUUCUACGGACUCACCUUGCAACAAACAAAAGAAACGUUUUACAAGGACAUGCCUUCCAGUUCCAAAAAUUUAAAUUUAGACUUAGACAUCAAAAACAAAUGCACAAAACCCGAUCAUCUGAACUUUCACGCAGACUCACUGAGUUUGCAAAGCAAAGACAACAAAACAAAACUAAAAAAGGAUAUGCUGAACAACGGGAGUAGACGAUAUAGCGACAGUAGCGCAAUGAAAAAUACACAAGUAUCCGGCAGUAGAUUCACGACCACACUAGUGCCUGAAGAUCAAUUAAAACCAGAAUCAAGCGAGAGUAAGUCAAGCAAUAACUUGUCUGUUGUAGCGCAUGAUCAACUUGUCCCUUUAAUAACAAAGGCUAAAAAUGUUAAUGUUAAACCUGGCUUUACAAUAACUGACAGUUAAGGAUUUACAAAAUGUGAUACAUAAUGUAAUUUUGCGAUUCGAAUAUUAUAGAAUCUCUACGUGCUGUUGUUGGCAGGGAAUCUUAAUUAUAUAAAACCAGCCAGCAAGCAAGUUGGCCUUCCUUAGUCAUAUAUUCACCAUUAUGUAUAAUGAUUGUUCUAUGCAACUGUACCUGUCAAUGAAUGCAGUAAGUAGAUGCUCAUGUAAGAAAUAUAGACACAGUUGAACUAUCUCAUUGACUUACAAAUAAAAAGUCAAUGAACUAUUUACAGAUUAUACUUACUGUUUUCUUACCCUUCAACAGAACAUUCUUUGGUAUAUGUAAUCAAAGCUUUAUAACACCUUCUAUGUGAGUAAGCGUUGUAUCUAUAAAAGCGGAGCGGAGCAAAGAUCUGUGUCAUCUCCCAAUAGUAAUUUGUUAUUUUGACGUCUCCAUGCAAUAGUAGCACUUAAUAAUAGAAGUAUUUUGUUGAUUUGACAUCUAAAUACCGUUUAGUCAGUUAAUAGUAUUACAUUAUUUUGACACCUCCAAGCCGCUUAGUAAUAAAAGUAAUCAGCUCCCUUACAGGUUUGGUUCAUGACAACAUUUUAACAACUAUAUUUUUGUACAUGAUACGCAAUAAAGAAUUUGAUUUGGUUUGAUUGGAUUAGUAUUUUGUUAUUUUGACAUCUAAAUACCGUUUAGUCGAUUAUUAUAAUAGUACUUUGUGGUUGUAUAUGUGUGUGUGUGUGUCCGUGGCACCCGCGAUACAGGAUUUCCCUAGUGCGGGGCUGUAUGAGUAUGUUCGCGUUAAACAAAAAAGUACAUUUUAUAUAAACUGUUUUGCACCUCCAAACCUUUCAUUUAAUACUAUUUGGUUGUUUUGACACCUCCAUGUCACUUAGUUAAUUAAUAAUAUGUUGUUAUUUUGACGUUUGCAUGCCGCGUAGUCAAUAGUAUUUUGUUAUUUUCACAAGCCGACGUGGAAAUGUCUAUAUUAUUUUGACAACUCUUCUCCGCUUCGCUUUGGCUCUUAAGGCUAGGUUCAGAUGGACACACACCUGUCACGCAUCUUUCUGAUAAAGAGAAGCAACGCGCGGUGCGUACAAGUACGUGCAGUGAACGUAAACAAGUACACUGUCAGAUAUAAACGCGCGGGCGGUAACGCGCGUUUUGAAGUAUCUCCUCUGAACGCCACGGUACUGCACAUACAUGUGAACUAAUAUAUCGACUGUAAACUGGCAACCUGUACUAUCUCAAUUUUGACAACUUUACAGGAUGAAGAAAAAAUCAUUUAUAUAUUAUAGCAUCUGGUUUAUUAAAUAAAAAUACGUAGUGUACAUACAUA